AUGUUUCCAAGAGCAAAGAUACCUUAUAGAAGUGUCCGUUUGACAGCUCAACAGGCAUCGAAUAAAGGGAGGUUCUUUUCUUCAAAGCCUCCCAAGACAGAAGAUGGUAUAUAUUCAUACUCAGGUACACAUAUAAAUUCCCAUUCACUCUCGCCAUCACUGCCAACUAUGAAUAAACAUAAGAAUAAAUACAUACCGUUCAAAGAUUUCCCCAAGGCGCCAGAAAGCAUAUUAAAACAAACAGCAGAAGAGUUAUUUUCAAAUAUAAAUAUGAAACCAACGGCGCAGAUGAGCGGAGCCACCGAUAACUUUGUAGAUUUCUCGAUUCCGGAUAAAUAUCUCAAAAGUCAGAUUAAGGAUGAAGUGACGGAGAAGGACAAGGCAUUAGUGGAAGAGCUCGAUAACUUUUUGAAAUCUAACGAUCAACUCGAGCAGGCACAGUCACAGUUGAAUUUUAUCAAACUAUAUUACGACCAGGACACUAAUCUGUACCAGCCAUUACCGGAGCACACGUUGAAAAAGUCAUUAUCGGGGAUGAUUAAUUUGAAUCCGUCGUUAAACGAUAUUGACGACGAGUAUUUAUGGAAUUUAAUACCUAAGGACAAGACCUUCGGUAGUCCUCCUUUUGAGCAGUCAAUAGCUAAGGAUGGGUUUAAAAAAUGGGAAAAAGUGCAAUUACAAAAACAUAAGACAGAAAUCAAGGAAGAGGAAAUCAACAAUAAGGAGUUUGAAGAUUUUAAACAGUUGUUGCAUAACUCCAAGACGUUUUUCAAAGUGAAUUCUUCUGGUCGUAGAAAGUUGGACAGAAAGUUAUUGAAGAGAUACAAGCAGUUAAAGCAACAAGGUAAAAUUCCUAAAGAUUUCAACUUAAUCAAGUUUAAUGAUGAUAAUGAUUUAUAA